CGUUACUAUAAGUAUUUCAGGAGCGAUUGCUCUGAUCGAGCACCUAAGCUACUACCGCCAUGGCAAAGACGAAACAACCUUACGACAUUAUCCCAGGCUUUCAAUCCAUCGCCCCAUCAAUCUGGGUGCGUAUCUGUUUCUCCAUCUCGACCCAAUCGGAAGACGAUUCAACUCCGUGUCUUAUCAUACUCAUGACAUGGACUGGUGCGCACAACCGCUAUAUCUCCAGUUAUACCUCAAAAUAUGCCUCCAUGUUUCCAUCAUCCCGCAUGAUGGUAAUCACCACAUCAGCAAAAGACUUCAUCUUCAGAAGCUCUGCACGCAAGCAAAAGCGCCUCCAACAAGCGGUUGACUACAUUUUGAGCCUCCGUGCAGAGCUUCCUCUCGGGAGAAAAGGCAUACUGCUGCACCUCUUCUCUGAAGGUGGAACUAACAAAGGCUGCGAACUCGCAUCAGCAUACCGCGCAGCCACCGACACACGCCUACCCAUCUCAGCGAUGUAUCUGGACAGUACGCCUGGACACCCACGUUACCUGAGGCUCUGUUCCGCCCUCUCGAAAUCAUUCCCGCCAGUUUUUGUUCUCCGACACUUGGCCAAGGUGACUGCAGUCAUAGUUUUGGGGCUAGUAUGGGUUCUGUACCACGUCUUCAUUGGGUAUGAGAACAACCCGGUUUCACGUUCAAGAGAACAGCUCCAUGAUCGAAUGUUGUUUGAUCUUACAGUUCCGAGAUGCUAUCUGUACUCGAAGAAUGACGCGCUCAUUGCCUGGCAAGAUGUAUACGAGCAUGCAGGUGAAUCAAUGGAGCGUUGCGGGUGUGUUACAGAGGUCAUUUUCGCGGAUUCAGGGCAUGUUGACCACGCCAAGAUAGAACCGAAGCGGUAUUGGGACACUGUCAAAUCAGUCUGGCUGCAUGGUCAGGAGGAACACGAAGGGCAAAACACAGCAGCCACAAUGAGUGAUUUGCAGCUACCAGAGAUUGCCUUUCAAGGUAAAAUUACUACAGCUGCGAACCACAUACUGGAGGAAACGCUUACAAACGGAAAAAUUAGUUGGGGGGAAGAGAGGUAUAGUGCGUUCGUAUGAGGUAACCCUCUAUCUAAGGGUUCCUAUGUACGCGAUCACGAUAUGAUGCAAAAAUGUGUGACUCUCUCGGCCUAUAUUGGGAAGCGUGAUAAUAUGCGGAAACUUGGACGUGAGUACUGGUAGCGGUGCUAGGCUUGUAUUGGCGAAUGGAAUCAGGAUUAUGGAGUAAGAACGACGUCUCGCUUGAUACCCUUGGAGUACCAUAGGUGAUGUCUCCGGCGGUCGAGAGAUGGGCUGACCUU